AUGGUUAGAUGUUCAUCAAGAGGGAAGUUAUACUGCUUCUGUUUUACUUUAGAGAGGUUAUUGUUCAAUAUAUCCAUUGGUUUAUCGAUAUCUAGGAGAAAUUUUGACGAUCUGGCCUUGAUGGAUGUUGUUACUUCGAUAAAUAAGUUAAGGGCACAGUUCAUGCAAAUCGGUCUCGAAAGAGACCAAAUGAAAAGGGUAUUCAAACCUUAUAAUCCUAACAGUGCAAUGGAUGAUACAGAGAUCAGGAGGUUAUAUCAAGACUCCGAUGGGGUCGACCUAAUAUCUGAAAUGGAAUCACCUCCGAUCUCCAAAAAUUUCAUGGAUGCCUCUUAUAUGACUAUAAAUCAGGCAAGGUUGAAGAAAAUGAAGACAAGUAAACAAAAUGUCUCAAAUCCAUACAAUGUAAGCGGGUAUGAAGAAACUGAGAAUACAUUCAAAGAAGAGGAAACUAGUGUUAAUGGAGAACCAUCCACCUUAGAAAUGGCAGCAACAGAGGUGUCUAAAGCAGAUACUUUAAAGAGGAAUGAUCUUCAUUCAUUGAUUCACGUUGAAGAUCCACAAAAAUCUAUGAAGAUAAAUGAUAAUACUAUAUUUAGUGCAGAAUCAGAUUCAGAUACUAUCGAUUCUACAAAGAAAGUGACAAGACAAUCAACGUUACCUUUUGCUAGAAUUUUUAAAAGUAAGAAGGAAUCAUCUGAUUCUUUGAAGAAAAAAAGCAUUAAAUCGGCAGGUCCGAUCAAUCAGCAAAGUAAGAAUACUUCUAAACAAUAUAAAAAAAAUAUUAAUAGCUCUACCAAAUAUGAUGUGAACUUUGAUUUUGACCACACCUUAGAAGAGGAGGAAGAUGAAGAUGAAGAUGACGAAGAUGAUGACGAAGAGGGUCUUGAUUUACAAUCAGCUUUCUUCCAAUUAGAUGGAUCCGCUAGAGUGGGAUCUGAGAAUGGUAACAAUUCAAAUAACCGUGAAGAUAAGGCUGAGACCAAUAAUUUAGGAAAUGUGUCCCGCUUAAAAUCUCAUUUACCACAGGGGAUGAUCGCGAGAAAUUCCAUUUUAGAAUCGAGUAAGAAUAAUGGCUCAGCAAAAUCAGAAUCUUUAAAUGGUUCUAGUGAAGUACAACCCAAUGACACGAAAUCAUCUUCCCUGGCCACUAAGAACCAACAGACGACAAAUGAUACUGAUGACAUUAAUGAAGAUAUUUCAGAUUUAGAGUCAUAUAUUGAUGAGCGCGAUUUAGAUGGUAUCAGCUUGAACGCUGCGCCAUCAAAUAUGGAAAAUGCAUCAACGUAUAGGCACACUUCUGAUACUGAAUUACAAGCAGAUACGGAUUUCCACGAUAAUGAUAGAAGCAUAGCCCAUAGUGAUAGCUCUCUAAUUGAUGAUGCUGAUGGGCUCAGUACGGUCUCAUCCUUUGGUAAAUCACUGUUGGAAUCUGAUUUUAGUACUGAUGAUUUCAUAAAAAAUGGCUAUCCCCCUUUAAGUCGCGAUGUUUCAGUUGACUCAACUAUCGACCGUAACAACAUAUUAUCUCAUUCUAUACCUCUAUCUGAAAGUGGAUAUGGUAUUUAUCAUGGAGCAGAUGAUUCUACCCUCAAUAACGUUUUCGAUAAAGCAAUUUUAAACAUUAAGCACGUUAAAAACCAAAAGCAGAGAGAGAAACGAAGCUCUUCCCUGUCUUUAAGGGAGGCAACUCAUCCACGUGGCAGUUCAUCUAAAAGAUCACCUUAUAACAUUCCUGUAAUAUCUAAGCAAAGAAGACACUCAAGAGCAUCCUCUGUGACAAUUGGAGGGGCUAGCAAAUCGAUGAAGAAAAAUGAAUCUACCUCAAUAAGGAGCAAACGUGCACCAAGCAUGAAUCAAGGACGCUCUAUAUCAGAAAUUGCAAAAAGUGAUCAUUCCAGUAGACGAAACUCGAAGGAAGUUCUCCAGAUAGAAAAACUUAACGAAAUCCCAAGACGAAAGCCACUAAAUUCACAACUUUCAAGCUUAUUUAAUAGGAAAAAAGAGAGAUCAGGAAUAUCAACUGAUGUUUUGAGCUACUUUACAUUUGUUGCUGGAACGAAAGUUCCGCCAUAUGAAGCUAUGGAUCUAGAUGUUUACAUCCAGGGGUCAGUGAAAUAUAAGAAGCACCCGUUUAAGACUAAAGUUCGGAAAUCUGCAAAAAUAUUUGAAGUUAUCGGUUUCAUUCUUUACCUAUAUUGUAAUGCGUAUAAGCCAGCAGAUUUUGGGAAAGAUGGGUUUACAAUAGAAGAACUAAUAAAUCCAAACAAUUUCUUAUUGAGUAUUGUAGAUGAAGAUGGUGAACCGUUUGAAGAUAAUUUUGGUAAAUUGGAUCGUAAAAGGUUGAUGCAAUCUGUUUCAGAUAAUGAAGUUGUCCUAUGUAGAGCAGCUGAAACAGAAAAACAAAAUAAUCAGGAUGUAACACCCCUUCCAUAUGACAUCAAUGGUGAUAUUAUCUCUAGUCCACGCUCUGAAGCUAUUCCAUCCUUUGCAACUGGUGACGACAAGAAGGAUCCUACAUUAAAUCAAUUAAGUUUCUACAAGCCGAUCAUCAAAAGUGCAGAUGAUCUCGGCAAUAAUAAUGCAGCAAACAAGACUAUUGAAACUAGGGUUUUUUUGUAUCCAAAUUUAAAUCCUAAAUUUAAUUAUACUGAUAUCAAUGUCUCAUUAACCUCGAAUAUUAAUGAUAUACUGGUAAAAUAUUGUCGAAUGAAAAAUUUAGAUCCGAAUGAAUACUCUCUGAAAAUACCAGAUAAGAAUUAUGUUCUAAACUUGAAUGACACAGUGUUGAGACUUGAUGGCAACUAUAAAGUUGAAAUUAUUUCUAAGCGUGAUGCAAGGCAGUUACAUUUAGAGAAGAUUAAACCAGAUAUGGUGAAACCGAACUUACCAACAAUUCAAAGCACUGACUUGACCCCUUUAACUUUAGAACCAGCUAUUUCUUACUUAAAAGCAGGUGAUUUAGAAAAGAAGAUAACAACUGUACCAAAUGGUAUGAUACCGACUAAAACAAAAAGAUCCUCUUCUAAGUAUAAGCUAGGAUUGUCUAAACAGCAGUCCCAUUCAAGUAACUCUAGUCUAGUUGCAGGUCCUAGUGGUGGUAAUAAUGGUUUUUUCAAAUCUAAGAACUCAUCUAAGAUAUCAUUACAUAAACCAGAGAUUGUACCUAAUGGGAAUGCUUACCAAGACUUAUUCUCUGGUGCAUAUCAUAGGUAUAAGGUCUGGAGAAGGCAACAAAUGUCAUUUAUCAGUAAACAUGAGAGAACAUUGGCAAUCGAUGGUGAUUAUAUAUAUAUUGUACCACCAGAAGGUAGAAUGCAUUGGCAUGAAAACGUGAAGACGAAAUCCUUACAUAUAAGUCAAGUCAUCUUAGUCAAAAAAUCGAAACGUAUGCCAGAUCAAUUCAAGAUAUUUGUGAAGAGAGGACAAGACGAUAUAAAACGAUAUUAUUUCGAAGCAGUCUCAGUUGAAGAAUGCACAGAAAUUGUAACUAGAUUACAGAACUUAUUGAAUGCGUAUAGAAUGAAUCAUAAAUAG